UGAGCCAUUCCACAUUUCUGGACCCUGAAGCUAAAGGAGCGAGGUUUAUUUUGAAAAUCGUGAACGGAUGUGAUGCGUGUUCUUUGCGCAAGUGGAACUUUACUGACAACAGCCGUGACAUGGAGAUUUCCGGAGUUGAAUGAAGGCAGAGGAGGAACCUAGAGACUUCCUUCAUCGGCCCCCGGGACCAAUCGGGUUGAGCUUUCAAAUAAAUGUCGACCAUGUCAUGGGAAGAAAAGCCUCGUUCUGUGGCCUCGCCUCCACCCUGCUCCGCCACUCGUUGAGCUAAACGAACUGAGAAACCUCGCACUCCCGCUGUCAACGCAGGUAACGUGAAGUUAGCUCCGUGAGCUGCGGCGCUUUUAGCUCGCUAGCUCCACGGCCAUGGCGGACAGUGGCAGUCCCAUUGGCCCGGGCGGCACCGGACAAGGCAGCGCUAGCCCGCCGCACCAGACCGCCGCGAACUGUCACCCGGAAGGAAGCUCGUCGGCUGCCUGUGUACCCUCCACCUCCAGUCCGGCCUUUCCUCCGCCCGCGGACGCCGCGGACAGUGGCCUAACCGCGCUGGUGGCGCCUAUUUCCACCACUCCUGCCGUGUUUGGAACCUCAUUCAUGCCCGGAACUACGCCACCUGUCGUAGCCGUGUCUCCGACUGUUCACACACCCACACCCGCCAUUGAGUUCGGAGUGGCCGGGGGUGCAGAAGCGAACCUUAUGACGUGGAAAUACCCCACGACCUGGGACCCGACCCUGAGCUCGGACUGGGACAACGAAAGGGCUUCACAGCCGUGUAUCCUGAGGAUAAAGAGGGACAUCAUGGCCAUCUACAAGGAACCUCCACCAGGAAUGUUCGUGGUCCCCGACCCUCAGGACAUGACGAAGAUCCACGCUCUGAUCACGGGGCCGUUCGACACACCGUACGAGGGCGGCUUCUUCCUCUUUUUGUUCCGCUGCCCCCCCGACUACCCCAUCCAUCCUCCCCGGGUCAAGCUCAUCACCACAGGACAGAACACCGUGCGCUUCAACCCCAACUUUUACCGCAACGGCAAGGUGUGCCUCAGCAUCCUGGGGACGUGGGCUGGUCCAGCUUGGAGUCCGGCCCAGAGCAUCUCGUCCGUCCUCAUCUCCAUCCAGUCCCUGAUGACUGAGAAUCCCUACCACAACGAGCCUGGCUUUGAACAGGAGCAUCAUCCAGGGGACAGUAAAAACUACAACGAGUGUAUCCGCCAUGAGACCAUCAGGGUGGCUGUGUGUGACAUGCUGGAAGGAAAGGUCUCCUGUCCUGAAGCUCUGUGGAGCGUGAUGGAAAAAUCCUUCCUUGAAUAUUACGAUUUCUACGAGGGAGUUUGCAAAGAGAGAUUCCAUCUGGAGGGACAGAAAAUGCAGGACCCCUUUGGUGAGAAGCGGGGUUAUUUCGACUACCACGCUCUGCUGGCCCGCCUCAGAGAGACCCACAGGAAAAUAAGGGAGAAGAACCUGGCAGAGGACGCCAACAAUGACGAAGACUCAGAGUCAGACACCAGCUCCUCGGGGACGGACCCUGACAGUCAGGGCUGGGAAGCAGCUCCCAGCCCAGAGUCUGGAUCCUGAACACAAGACCAAGUCCAGAACUGAAGGUUGAGGGGUUUGUUUUAUUAGUAUGCAGCGGAGCAAGGGGGAAAAAAAGAGAAAAAUAAAACAAUGAGAAAAAAAUAAGUAACUCCUCAGUCUGAGGCUGUCCAGUGAGAGCAGGCGUCAGUCUCACCCUUUAUCCUGGUGUCACAGCUGGUCUCUUGGCACCAGGGGGCGUCACAGCUGAAGAGAGCAGUCGUUCUUAAGAAGAAGCGGUUUUCAUGGACGUUGGAUAGAUUUCGGCGAGCGCUGCUGUUCUCGAUGUGGAAGCGAUGCAGCCGUAAAGCCACCUAGAGGUUCACAAAAGAACUGCUCUCCACGUGUUUGCUCCUUUUGGAAACUUUCUCAAGUUUCAAACUUUCUUUCUGGUCAGAUUUGAAAACGUACACAGAAGCGGCGUGGAGUUGGAGCGACGGUUCUCCUCCUUUCCUUUUCUUCCACCUCCGUCAGCGCUCUCUCUCUCUCUCUCUCUCUCCCCAACAGCUUCACUUCUGAUGAGACUCAAGUUGGAGCGGCUGCUCCUUUCUAAUCUACAACUCUUCCUCCGCUGCUACAUCUCCAUCGUACACCAGUCGACGUUUACUUCGAGGGGCUCUUAUUUUCAGAUCGUGUCAGAAAGCAUUCAAACGUUUAUAAUCCUUUUUUUUUUUUUU